AUGAAAGCAAUUGUGCUCUUCGUUCUUCAGGUGAUUGCAUUGCAGCUGACGAGAUGUCAAUGCGGCGGUGGCGGUGGUGGCGGUGGACCGAGCACGUUCGGAUAUGACGCCUCCUCGGCCUGCAGCAAGCCGUACUCGCGCAUGAAACGCGCCCAUCACGAAGCUCUACCCUGUGACUUUCGCCGACAGAACUGGUGCACGAUCCCUGGUACCUCUUAUCCUUGGCACGCGGUACGUCAGUUUGUGCAACAGAAUCAGGGAUUGAUGAAACGCAUGUACGGCGACGAGAAUUACAUCAAUAUCCUCCGAACGGAACUUGAAAAGAACGAUAUUGAGCUAAAGUUUUACGAGUACCAUCAUCAUUUCACCGACGAUCUAAGACAAUUCCAAUAUGACAAUGAUUACGAAUUCAUUGAUGACAAUUGGGCGAAUGUUAACGAAGGCGAGUACGAAGGUCGCAGUUUUAGCAGUCGCUCUUUCAAUGAUCCCAUCGUCAAGCAAAUGACCAAGUUCUCGAAGCUCAGCGAAUACACCAGGCCACAUUUCAGGCCUACCGAACGAACUACUAGCUCGACCACCCCGAGCACGACUACUACCUCUACAACUUUGUCUUCGACAUCAACUAGCGCUACAACUUUCGUUACGCAUACAUCGUCUUCGACAAUGCCCUCGUUUACUGCCGCUACCGUUACGAGCACGGAGGAGAUCAAGACUGAAACUUCAAUAGUAUCAACUUCUCCCAAAUUUUCAAACGUCACUGCCAAGGUUACUGAUAGUAAUCUUGCGGUGAAUAGCACGACGAUGGCAGCAUCGCCGAGCAUUACAGUGGUCCAGAUUGUCAAAGAACAAAAUUUCAGCAUUAAUGAGAUUCCAGGGCAGAACGACAGAACCUCCUCCAAUAAUGAUCUGGAAGCACCAGAAAUAGAAGCGUAUUUACAGAAAAUGAUCGAAGAGAACAUAACACACAUCAUGGAACCAGUCGAAACGACAACGGGUGACCCCAUGGAAUCACUGGUCAAUCAAGAGCUGGUCAAAGAAGAGGAGAAGAAGGAGAAAGAAGAGGAGGAGGAGGAAGAGGAAGAGGAAGAUGUAUCUGACCUUGCUACGAAGAUGACAAUGCAUGAAGAUUUAAUAACCGCAGCGAGUUAUGAGCAACAGCAACAAUUCAGACCACGUCCUGAAUAUCGGCCAUUGGGCGUGGUCGAGGCAUCGACAAGUGCUGGGGGACAGCUUUAUCAGGACGUAGAGAAAGAUCAGAAGGAGCAAGUACUAAAGCGUAUAGGAACGAACGCCUGUGAGGUCAAGGAAGAGGUCGUAGCACCUUAUUGGGCCACCAAUACUCGUGGUGAAAUCUUAGCUCUCCUGAAUCUGUAUCCCUUUGAGCAAUAUGUUCAUUGGGAAAAAUGCACAUUCGAGAACAAGCAAAUGCAUUGCCGGGAUGGAUGCAGAUGCGAGCAACAGUAUCGGCUGCAUCGGCUAUUGGCUUAUGAUCCCAACAAUGAGUGCCGCGGCAUUUUCAGUGACUGGUUCAAGUUUCCUAGUUGUUGUACCUGCCGCUGUUACGAUUUACCAUUAGAAUUUCGGGUGGCGUCGCGUUCACCACGCACGUACAAACGACGAAUCAAGGUGCAAUUACCAACGCGAAACCGUUACCCGUGAUCCAAUUGUCUGCUGGCUGGUGGCCAAUCGCCAAAUGCAGCAUGUAUGUUGAA